AUGUUCCGAGCUUCUCGAGUCCUUCUUUCCGCUUUGCAACCGAUCAAAGUGUCAACAGGCUUGACAGGAGUAGAACCUCAUGCCAACCCACUACCAACCCUCAAAUCAAUCUACAACUCCACUUUAACAUCUUUAUCUUCUUUACCACCGACAUCAGUGUAUAGACAAGCUACAGAAGCAUUGACAAAACACCGAUUAUCGAUCGUAGAACAAUCAGGAGAAGAUAUCGGUAAAGUAGAAAGUGAAUUAGGUAAAAUCGUAGAAUUGACCAUCGAAGAAGCUCAAGCGGAACAAGGUUUAGUAGGUAAAAUGAUUGAAUGGAAAUCAUGGGAGAAUUUGGAACAAGCCCCAGAACCUGAUCAAUGGAAAUACUUUGAACCCGCCAGUGAUGUGUAG